UUAUUCAAUGUGUUAACAGAGUACCCGUUUACAGUAGGGAAUAUAAACCCGAUGUAUUCAAAACCGAGCGUAUCUCAUAUGUGGUUUGAUUGUGUCAGCUCUCCUAUUUGUCUGACUUUAGUCCCCGAGUUAAGUCAGCCUGAGUUCACCAAGAGAUAGUCCAAGAGAUAGCCCGAGGUUUUCUGACAACUAUUUUGGUGAUCAAAUAAAGCCCAUUGGAUAAGGAGGGAUCGGACCGUCAGUCUAAUGUGACUAUCUACUGAGGGAUGGUGUACCGAAAGAAUUGUCACUACUUGAAUAGUUUAGUAGCUACAAUGGGGAGUUAUUAGCGUGUCGAGUUAUAUUAGCGUGUUGGGUUAUAUCUGUACAGCGUCAAAGGUCAUAGUUUUUUUGGUCUGUGGAAUGUUGGGAAACAGCGCUGAAUGGAUAAACCAUAAAUUCCACAAUAUUUAAACCAUAGUUCCACAAUAGAUACACAUUACUGUGACUAUGGUGAUCACCUACACUUGCUAUUUCCAUUAGGCUACAGCUAGUUUUUCUCUGCGAGGUACACAAACUCUGGUGUCUGGAUGGUAAUCUGCGAGGAAGCGUGCACACUGCUCAAGGUGAGUAUAGCCCUGAGUGACAGCAUCUGCUCCUGUGUGAGAGAUCUCUAAUUCGUCAUGGAUGAAGAGUUCACGCCUUUAGACUGCCUUCUACCUUCAGGCACACAGAGGAUAUGUCUGAUCCUCCUGAACCAGCCGAUUGAUCCAGGGUUCCUCAGCACACUCUGGAGCAAAGCUCUCCUGAGAGCAUGUGCCGAUGGAGCAGCCAACCACCUGUAUGACAUCACAGCUGGACACAGAGACAGUUUUCUACCUGACUAUAUCAGUGGGGAUUUCGAUUCCAUCAGUGCCAAGGUCAAAUCCUUCUACUCUGAGAAGAGGUGCAGGUUGAUAGAGACGGCGGACCAGGAUCUGACAGACUUCACUAAGUGUCUGGCUAUCAUGGUGGAGGAGAUCCAGCGACGCCAGCUACAGGUAGACACCAUCGUGACCCUAGGGGGUCUGGCUGGAAGGCUGGACCAGACCAUGGCUUCAGUCGAGACGCUCUACCACGCCCUCUCCAUCACACAGCUGCCCCUGGUGGUAAUCCAGGGAAGCAGCCUGGCCCUCCUGCUCCGCCCGGAGAGGAUCUACAGGUUAGGUGUGAGCACAGGACUGGAAGGCCCCUGGUGUAGCCUCAUCCCAGUGGGGGGGCCGUGUCGAACCCACACCACCGGGCUCAAGUGGAACCUGGAGGAUCAGGUGUUGCAGUUCGGGAUACUCGUCAGUACCUCCAACACCUACGAACCUGUUGCUCCCGGAGACGCCAGGAAGCCCGUCACCGUGACGACGGACCGGCCUCUGCUCUGGAGCAUGGGCAUUCGCCAGGACAGCGACGCACGAGAGUGAAUGACAAACUCAUCGGGGACAUCCAAAUAGUUAGGAGUGGAUUUCUCUUAUGGGGGUUUUCAGAUACUGUGUAGUUGUUGCCUCAAACCACAGUGUGAAGAGACUGGCAAGAGGAGUCACUCCUACACUAUUGAGAUGCACCCAAGAGUGUUUAUCUGUACUAAAGACCUUGUUCCAAACCAGAAACGUAAUCGCAGCCCAACAGCUGUUAAAAGGCUGUGUAAAUCAGUAUUGAUGGUCAUAUUUAGAAGAGCUGGAAGUAUCUGGUUUGGAACCAGGCCCAUGCUGUGCCUUCACCAGAGUCUCUUAAUGAACACGGAUUGUCUUCUAUUUUCAAUCAAUUUAUUAACAACAGUCACAGUACAAACUUUGUGCGCAGAAUGCAAAACAUCAUCCCUCACACAUUCAUCCAUUCCACCCCCACGACUGUCCCACCGCACCGGGUGUCUGGGUAGCGUAGUCCUGUCACCCCUCUGCACGUUCAGCCACCC